AUGGCCUCUGCCGCAAAUAUUCUCCAAAGACAAUUCAAAGAGCUAUCACGAAACCCUGUUCCAGGAUUUGCAGUUGAUUUGAAAGAGGACAACAUCUUUGAAUGGGAUGUUGCACUUAUUGGCUCACCAAAAACAAUGUAUGAAGGUGGUUACUUCAAGGCCACAAUGACCUUUCCUGACGAUUAUCCUUUCAACCCUCCUACCUUUCGAUUUAACAAUCCGUUCUAUCAUCCCAAUGUGUAUCCUGAUGGAAGACUAUGUAUUUCUAUUCUUCAUCCACCUGGAGAAGACCAUAUGAGUGGAGAGAAAGCUGAGGAACGCUGGAACCCAACACAAUCUGUAGAAAGUGUUCUUGUAUCCAUCAUCUCGCUACUUGCUGACCCCAAUUGCUCAAGUCCUGCCAAUGUGGAUGCCGGUGUCGCUUACAGAAAGAAUCGGGAAGCAUUUGAUGCCAUAGUAAAAAAGCAAGUUGAAGACUCGAAAAAAGAUAUUCCCAACGGUUUUAAGAUGCCCAAAUCAGAACAAGAUUUUAUGUUAACAGCUCCACCAGAGAUAGAAGAAGAUGACAACUUCUGGUAUGAGUCUGGUGAUGAAAGCGAUUUCGGUGUAGAUGAUGAUGAUUAUGAUGAGGAUGAGGAUGAUGACUGA